AUGGGUGGGCGUUGGUGGCGAGCGGUGGUGGGACGCCUGAGUCUCAUGCAGCGAGGCAAGGCGCCCCUGAGGUACAGCCACAGCCGCAAUCCCUGGCAGGGUGGGCGCGCUGGGGGAGCCAAGGGGGUUGCGGGGGCGGAGGGGGUUGGAGGGGCGGAGCACAUGGGCGCGCAAGGGGGUGCGUGGACGGGGGGAGUUGCGCCAGGCAGGGGAGGGGGGUGGGGGUCGCUGCUGGUUGCCUGUGCUGCAGGGGCGGCUGGGUGUGCGGUGGUGGAGAUGGGGGUGGAAAAGGGAAAAGAAGCUGCUGGCGUGAUGGCGGAUGCAUGGAGGCAGAUGCAGGGGGAUUGGCUGCUGCUGCGGGUGGAGUGUGCUGACGUGGUUGCUCUUAGUGCUAGCAUCAAAUCUGAUGAUAGCGAAUCGUUCUUGAAAAACCGUGAAUCUGGUGGGGAUGGUGGGGCAGGUGGGGCUGGUGGUGGAAAUGAGAGAAAUGGGAGCAGCAGCGUCGUUGCAAGCACCAGCAGUGAAAUCACUGGUGGCAAGUCCAGUGGCGGCGUUGUGGGCAGGAAGCGGGUGGUGGUGCUGGGGUCGGGGUGGGGCGCGGUGAGCUUCCUUAAAGCCAUAGACGCACAUGGGUACGAUGUGACUCUCAUCUCGCCCCGCAACUUCUUCCUCUUCACGCCGCUGCUGCCAAGUGUCACCACAGGAGUGGUCGAGGGCAGGAGCAUUGCUGAGCCAAUCAGACGCAUCCUGCUGCGGCAUGGCAGCUCGGCUCGUUUCCUCGAGGCCGAGUGCAUUGCCAUCGACCCCGCCUCCAGGACCCUCUCCUGCCGCGCCCCUGCUGCCCUGCCCGCUGCCGCGCUGCCCGCUCCGCUGCCCGUGCCGGCUGUUGCAAAGGCUGGAGGCCAGAAGGAGGGUGACGGGGCGAGGGGAGAAGGUGGCGGGGAGUGUGGUGGGGCGAGGGAGGUUCACUUCUCAGUGCCGUACGACAUGCUGGUGGUGGCCGUGGGGGCCGUGCCCAACACAUUCAAUGUUCCAGGCGUGCAGCAGCACUGCCACUUCCUCAAGGCAAGUACUGGCCACCAGGCAUGGGGUAGGGGCACGGGGAGACUGGUCACUCCUUGUACCACCCUCCGCAAUCUCUUGUUCCACCUCAUGUGCCUAUCCAUUCUCCCCAUCAUCCCGGCAUGCCGUCUCCCCCAUCUCUCUACCCCAUCUCUCCUCGUCAUCUCUCCCCCCAUCUCUCCUCGCCAUCUCUCCCCCCAUCUCUCCUCGCCAUCUCUCCCCCCAUCUCUCCUCUCCAUCUCUCCCCCCACUCUCCUCGCCAUCUCUCCCCCCAUCUCUCCUCGCCAUCUCUCCCCCCAUCUCUCCUCGCCAUCUCCCCCCCAUCUCUCCUCGCCAUCUCUCCCCCCGUCUCUCCUCGCCAUCUCCCCCCCAAUCUCUCCUCGCCAUCUCCCCCUCAAUCUCUCCUCGCCAUCUCCCCCCCAAUCUCUCCUCCCGCCCCCUGCGUCUCGUCAUCCCCCCUGCCAGUCUCUGGACGAUGCAGAGGCCAUCCGAAACACGCUCAUUGACUGCUUCGAGGCGGCGUCUUUGCCGGGAAUCGAAGCAGAGGAGCAACACAGGCUGCUGCACGUGGUGGUGGUGGGGGGCGGUCCCACAGGCGUGGAGGUGGCAGCAGCAGUGCACGACAUGGUGCAGGGGGACCUGUACCACCUCUACCCCACACUCAAGGGCAAGGCUUCCGUCUCUCUGCUGCAGUCAGGCGACCACAUUCUCAACAUGUUUGAUCUGCGCAUAUCUGAGUUUGCCGCCCGCAAGUUCCAGCGGGACGGCAUCACUGUUCACACGCACGCGCGCGUCACGGCUGUCACUCCGCGCGCUCUCCAUGUGCGGGAGACGAGCAGCAGCAGGGAGAGCGGCAGCAGCGAUGGCAGCAAGAGUGGAGUGCACGGCCGCAGCAGUGCGGAGAGCAGUAGUGGUGGAAAGAGCAGCGGGGAGAGGGAGGUGCCGUAUGGAGUGGUGGUGUGGGCAACAGGCAUCACGGCGCAUCCCCUGGUUGUGAAGCUGAGGGAGCAACUUGGGCAGGUGAGUUUUGGGGCAGGUACAAACUGUGAACAGAGCGGUGGUGCGAAAAGCAGGAGGCAGAGGGAGGUGCAGUAUGCGUAUGGAGUGGUGGUGUGGGAGCGACAGGCAUCACGGCCCAUCCCCUCGUUGUGCACACCACAAGCGAGCAUUGGAGGUGGACGAGUGGAUGGCAGUGAGAGGGGCAGACAGCAUUCUCAUCACCGUUCCCUCUUUCCUUUGAUGCUCCCCUUUCCUCUCCCCUCUGCAGCACCACAAGCGAGCAUUGGAGGUGGACGAGUGGAUGGCAGUGAGAGGGGCAGACAGCAUUCUCAUCACCGUUCCCUCUUUCCUUUGAUGCUCCCCUUUCCUCUCCCCUCUGCAGCACCACAAGCGAGCAUUGGAGGUGGACGAGUGGAUGGCAGUGAGAGGGGCAGACAGCAUUCUCAUCACCGUUCCCUCUUUCCUUUGAUGCUCCCCUUUCCUCUCCCCUCUGCAGCACCACAAGCGAGCAUUGGAGGUGGACGAGUGGAUGGCAGUGAGAGGGGCAGACAGCAUUCUCAUCACCGUUCCCUCUUUCCUUUGAUGCUCCCCUUUCCUCUCCCCUCUGCAGCACCACAAGCGAGCAUUGGAGGUGGACGAGUGGAUGGCAGUGAGGGGCGCAGAGGCGGGCAGCAUGUGGGCGCUGGGCGACUGUGCUGCCAUUCACCACCGCCGCUUCACGACUGUGCUGCCAUUCACCACCGCCCCUUCACGACUGUGCUGCCAUUCACCACCGCCCCUUCACGACUGUGCUGCCAUUCACCACCGCCCCUUCACGACUGUGCUGCCAUUCACCACCGCCCCUUCACGACUGUGCUGCCAUUCACCACCGCCCCUUCACGACUGUGCUGCCAUUCACCACCGCCCCUUCACGACUGUGCUGCCAUUCACCACCGCCCCUUCACGACUGUGCUGCCAUUCACCACCGCCCCUUCACGACUGUGCUGCCAUUCACCACCGCCGCUUCACGACUGUGCUGCCAUUCACCACCGCCGCUUCACGACUGUGCUGCCAUUCACCACCGCCCCUUCACGACUGUGCUGCCAUUCACCACCGCCCCUUCACGACUGUGCUGCCAUUCACCACCGCCCCUUCACGACUGUGCUGCCAUUCACCACCGCCCCUUCACGACUGUGCUGCCAUUCACCACCGCCCCUUCACGACUGUGCUGCCAUUCACCACCGCCGCUUCACGACUGUGAGGGGGGCAGCAUAUCGCAAUAGCUCAUCUCUUUCCCUUGUCUCCGACAGUUAUUGCCGUCCCUUUCCUUGCACUCUCUCCUCCCCUCUUUCUCCCCCCUCCCCUCUUUCUCCCCGCUCCCCCCCCCCCCCCCCCCCCCCUUUCUCCCCCCUCCCCCAUCCGCCCCUUCAUGUCCCCUCACGUCGCGCCUCCGUUUUCCCGCCUCUUUCCCCCACCGCUACGCCCCGUCCAACCCCUCGCAUGAUCAUUGUGCGUGCAGGACGAGGCAGCUCGCAUAUUCCUUACUCUCGCCUUCUUCCCUGUCCUUCCAUGCCCCGCCCCGUCUCCCAUGUCACCACUCUGCUCCUCUCACUGUGCGGCCAGGACGACACAGCGCGCAUAUUUCGAGCCUUUGACACCAACGGGGAUGGCUGCCUCUCGCCCUCCGAGACCAAGGCAGCCCUGCGAGCCCUCCAGCAGCGCUACCCGCAUGCUGCCGCUCUGCUCAGGUCACGGGACCGCAUGGCACAGCUCGUUCAGGUACACCCCUGUCCCUUUUCCUGCUGCCACCCAGUCUCUGAGUCCAAGACGACUCCCGGCGCAUUGGCAGGAUGCAUUGCACGCGGACAGCAAGGCAGGAGCACCGCCAGGCACAGGGGAGCACCGCCAGGCACAGGGGAGCUGGGAAAUGAGGGGGGCGAGCAGCAGGCGUGCGAGGGCAGGGAGCUGUCUCUGGAGCAGUUUGAGGCGGUGCUGCGGCGGGUGGAGGGGCAGAUGAAGACCCUGCCGGCCACGGCACAGGUGGCAGCGCAGCAGGGGCAGUACGUGGCGCGCUGCUUUAAUCGCCUGCUGGACCCGGGGUUGACCCCGGAGGGGCCGCUGAAGCUGCGAGGGGAGGGCCGGCAUCUGCUGCAGCCAUUCCGCUACGUCCAUUUGGGGCAGUUCGCCCCGCUUGGGUCGGAGACCAUGGCAGCAGAGCUGCCUGGCGACUGGGUCAGCAUCGGCCGGUCCACUCAGUGGCUCUGGUACUCCGUGUAUGCCAGGUGGGUGUGA